AUGUGGUUCUCGAGGGUUACUCUAACAUUACUUGUUGUAACAAGUGUUGUCGAUGGGAAGAAGCAUUGGACACAGCGUGAUUGGGUCGAGCACCUGAGCAAGCGACAACAGCUGCAGCACGAGACGCAACCCAAGGUCGCAAAGCGUGAAGCUGUAGAGUCUAAGUUUCUGAACCUGGAUUCUAAGAAAUUCUAUGUUGACGGGACGUCCCUCCCCGAAGUCACCUUUGACGCCGGCGAAUCGUAUGCAGGGACUCUGCCAAAUGAUGAGAAUGGCGACUUGUUCUUUUGGUUCUGGCCCACAACGGCCAAAGACGAGCCUAAAGAAAUCAUCCUCUGGCUCAAUGGAGGUGUAAGUUAG